AUGCAGGACUUGUCCUCUGCAAAGUUCGCAGGCGCGUCCCGCAAGCGCGACCCCGCGCAGCCAACCGACAUUGCAGACAAGAUUGUGGCCUUUCAGCGCAGGCAGGCCGCUGCUACAAGGCCUAAAGAGAGGGCCGAGCGUCCUCUGAUAGUCUCCUCUUCCACGGUUCGACCUACGCGCCCGGCCUCACCUAGGAAGCUGCACGCUCCUCCACUCACCAACACCAGCAAUCCGCUCUCGCAGAGCACAGGCAGGGCGGUGGAGGCCGACGCUGACGAGUUCUCUCGUCGUCUCAAUAUUUCUGCUCAGUCUCCACGCAGUAUGCAUUCACGAUCACAUGCCGGGCCUUCUGGAGGCAGCCCCGGCAAGUUGUAUAAUCCCAACGCAGAGUCCGUCAGUCGCCAUGUUCUGACUGCAGAGCCGGAAAGCAUGUCCGAUGCUGCCUCGAGUUCAUAUGCAUCUCGCGGUCCCGUGCUGCAGGCUUCUCGCCUUCACCAAGCAUCCUCCGCAUCACGGGCGGCCGUCGACUCACAUCGACAGCUUUUCGACCAUCGGAAGGAUGAUCCUGUACGCUUUGCUGUCCUCACCCGCCCGCAAGUUUCUCCAGGUCGCAACCAAGAUCGACCAACGCCCACGCCCAAGUCAUCUGGCGACUACGUUUCUGCUUCAUCCACCUCAUCUGCCUCCUAUGCUCAAUCGACCCUCUCUUCUAAUUUCACACUGUCAACAGCAGACUCCUCAGCGCCUUCUUCCCUUUUCGAUAACCCAAACGGCCAUGCACGCAGAUCCGAGGACAGCGCGUCCGGCACGAACGCAUUCUCGAUGCAGCUCAAGAAGCUGUACCGCGCGAUUAGUGCUCUCGAGGCGAAGAUACUCGGCGAAGAUCGCGAUAAGGAUCAAGAUGAGGGUGAUGACAGAGCUGGUCAGCAACGUAUCGGCGUGCUGCUCAAAGGGCGGCCGGGUUCUGCAGGUGCGAUGGAGGCCAAGGGGUCCGAAGACGAGUCUGAGCGAUGGAAGAGGUUGUUGGUCGAUCACAAAGAACUAGCAGAGAAGGUGCAUCAUCUGCUCUCGCUGACUCUCGCCCCGACUGUGCCAGCUUCUUUACGGAACAUUCCAACUAAAUACAAUCUCAUCAUUCGAUUGUGGACGCAUGCAUUCCAUCGGCUACUUGAAGUACUCCGUCGGGCAGCAUCGCCACCGAAUAACUCGCCCGUCGCACUUGAGUAUCUCCAGGACUUCAUCUAUUAUGCAUAUACAUUCUAUACGGGGCUCUUGGAAGAGCGCAAUCUCAUCGAAUUCCGAGGCUGGUGGGUUGAAGCACUCGGAGAUCUCGCGCGAUAUCGGAUGGCGACGUGUGCGCUUCUCGAACACCAGCAACGAACGACGUCGAGCAACCUCACCGUGUCUGCUGUCGCCAAGGCAUCCGAGCAGCUGGACACCCCUCGGCCGGCUUCGCCCAAUGCAUCAGGCAGUUCACAUAGGGCCCAGCUUCCGCACGCCACAGUCGCAUCACCGACGCCGGCAGCGCGCAUCGACGACUCGCUACAGCCGUCCCAGCACGCUCCCCGCCAGCAGUUCGAGGAGCCCAGUGUCGGGCUUGCAGCAGCGCGGGCAAUGGAGCUCGAGCCGGAGAAGGAGCGCUGGCGGCAGAUCGCAAGGGAGUGGUUUGCCAAGGGCCUUGCGGGCACGCCAGGUAAUGGUAAACUGCACCACCACAUCGGCAUCCUGUCGCGUGAGAAAGAGAGUAGCGAGGAGGAGCUACGGGGAAUGUAUCACUUCGUCAAGAGUAUGAUCACGCUGCACCCCUAUAGCACCUCGAGAGAGGCCAUUCUCCAGCUAUGGUCCCCUGCCGCGCAAGCUCGGCGCCAGGCGCCGGAUGCGGAUGUUGCGGACCUGUUUAUCCUCCUCCACGGGAUGCUCUUCACGAACAUCCAGCUGGAUGACUUCCGCUGGGUGCUCGAGCGCUUCGAAGAAAAGCUGCAGAUCGAAGGCGGUGCCGUCAUCGAGGAGCGCGAUUGGAUCAUGAUGGCCGUGGUUAACCUUGGCGCGAUUCUACAGUACGGCCGGCAGGAUGCCAUGCUGAAGCGCAUCGCCGGAAUUGGCGGCCGAGAGCCGGGCAGCACUAGGGCGGGCGCCAGCCCUGUCGUCUCAGGUGCUUCAGCAGGACGCGUCAAGCUGAUCGCGAAGAAGCCGGACGACAGAAUGGACGUGGACGGCGAAGAGGAUAGGAAGUCAAAUCUCUCGCCGGCCAUCUCUGAGGCGAUGCCCGUCCUCGCUGCUCCUGAACUCGAGCUUCCACAGGCGCUCAAGCUCGGGAUGCAGCUUGCCUUCUCGAUGUUCGCCCAUGCCCUUCAGAAGCCGAUGCGCAAGCCCUCUCUAUAUGCGCACUCUACUCUCAACCCUUACAUCACGAUUCUCCUUACCUUCCUCGCUACCGCUGUGAAGGACAGUCAGGCGCUCGCUGUGCUGGAGCGCGCGAUUCCGUGGGCGGAUCUCGCGGCGUUCCUAAACACGAUACCUCGGAGACUGUUAUUCCGCGAGCAGCAGAAAGAGCGCGGAGAGGGCGCUGUGCUGCUCACGAGCGGCUGCCACCCGAUGCCGGAGGAUUGGUGUCUCCGAGGCCUUGGCUGGGGCGGCAAGCGUGUCUACCCAAUGGGCUUCUGGGGCAAGGAGACCAACUCCGAGGAGCGCAACGUCGAGAUGGAGGUACUGGAUAAGGUGGAAGUGCGCGAUCAGAUGGAUGGCGUCAUCGAGAACGACGAUGAUGACCAGGCGGAUGCGCGGCGGAAUAUCUUAGCUUUGCGAUGGGUGCGAGUCGCUCGCGCCGGUCUGAAGAUCGCGAAGUACGUCGAUGGGUUCGAUUACGUACCUGCAGCCAGCGAGGAAGAGCGAGGCCAGUUCAAGGUCGAGGGUGCCCUUGCGGAGAAGGUCACGCGGUGGCAAGAAGAGGAGCGGCGCGAGCGCGAAGGGGAGGAGCGGAGGCUGCGUGGCAGGCGAUGGGAGGAAGAUUCGAUGGAUGUCGACGACGAGGAGGCCUUGGUGGUUGAGGAGUCGACGGAUGAAAGCGAGGAUGAGAACGAUUCGGACGAGAUUAAGGCAUUGAAGGCUCGGCGACGGUACCUGCAGAGCCUGUUGCAGUCGUCUACCCGACGUGGUGCAUCACCGCCCGUAUGCCGUCCGCGUCCUCGCGGCCCGAGACAGGCGCGCGCUCGGCCGACUCUACAGAUUGUGCCCGGAUAUACAAUCCUGGUCAUCGACACGAACAUCCUUCUAUCGUCUUUGUCGAUGUUCUCGUCGUUGGUCGAGAGUCAGCAGUGGACGGUCGUGGUCCCUCUUCCCGUCAUCAUGGAGCUCGACGGGUUGGCGACCAACAUGUCGGCACUCGGGGAGGUCGCCUCAUCUGCCCUAGCGUUCAUCACCUCGCACGUACGUUCUCGCUCAACGUCGUUGAAAGUACAGACCUCGAGAGGCAACUAUCUCUCGUCUCUCAACGUGCGCACGGAGCAAGUCGACUUUGCUAGCGACGAGGCCUCGUGGGAGCGCAACAUGGACGACCUGAUCUUGCGUGCGGCAAUCUGGCAGGACGAGCAUUGGGUGGAUAGGUCAGCGAUGCUGAAGUCUGACGGCCGCGCUCGCGACACAUCAGGCGCUGCCAAGGUGGUAUUGCUCAGUCUUGACCGUAUGCUUCGUCUGAAAGCUCGUUCGCGUCAGCUCAGCGCGGCAAACGAACAGGACUUGGCGUCGAUACUCGCAAUGGGACGAUGA